AUGCUUGUAAUUAGUAUAAUUUUAAUAUGCAUAACAGCUAUUGCCUUUUACACAUCGCCAAAAAAGUUCAAGGACUCAUACAUUUCAAAAUUUAAUGACAAGUUUAGCAAGUAUUUUAGGACACCCAACUCUACUCCUGCUCUGUCAAGAAAGCCAUCCUACAGCUCAAAUGAGCCAUUAAAAGAUCCAACACCUUUAAUGAUUACUCCUGAUCAAGUCAAAAAUUAUGAUGAUAGACCAUGGAGACCAUUCAGAUGGCCCUAUCACCAAACUAUGUCCAUUUUCAAGUUGGAUAUGAACCACUGGCUCGACAUGGAUAAAUACUACUGGCGCUACAUUGAAGAGAAGAAGAGAAUUUGGAUGACUUAUGGAAAGGAGAAUAUUGACUGGUUACCUGAAGGGUACGAGCCAUCCUUUGAGUUGAUGCAAAUUGUUACUGACCACAUGUUAAAAAGGUACCCUUUGUUGUUCACUUUAGUCGAAGACAAAGGUGAAGCCGGUGGAAAAAUCGUCUACAACGAGUUAACUAAGGAAACCUUGGACAUGACUCUCCCAUUAAAGGAACAACCAUUAUUAUACGUUUCCAAGAUGGCUAAAGAAGACUUCUAUGUUGUUUUAAAGAACCCUAAAGAUGACUUACAUUACCUUGUUGCUGCUGCAGUUCCUUUCCCUGGUGGAUCUUUUGGAAUCGACAGCAAACUCGGCCAGCACUUGGAUGUAAUCCACGAAGACGUUCCAUACUAUAAGGAAAAGUUGAAGAGAUCGAUGGAAAGAUGGUUUGACAGAUUAACUCCAAACGAUCCGGUGGAAAGAGCCUCAUGGUACAUCUCAUGGGAUCACAAAUUAAAGGUUAACAACGUUUACCAGUUACCUAAAUUCGUACCAGACUUAAAGGCAGAUAUGGAAUCCAUGGAUCCAAAGGAUUUUAACGUAAGAGUGGAAAGACAAACAUUAAGAAAGUUACCAAAAUCUGGUGCCAUCAUUUUCACUAACCAUCCAGUGUUCUACUCCAUUGAAGAAAUGAAGGACGAGCCAUUAGUUCCAAGCUUGAUUAGAAAGAUUUUGUAUGAAGGACCACAAGAUAUCAUCAAGUAUAAGAAUUUCGAUUUCUUUAGAGACUACAUAGUGGGUUAUUUGGAUAGUUUGGUAAAGAGGCAGAUUGAUUUGGGUAUUAUCCUGGAAGACACUCCGUUGAAGACCUUACCAACUUAUCCAUUUGCACACUGGUCCAAGACCGAUUUUGACUUGGUCAAUGGAUGGAACAAUCCAAAAGAAAAAGUGAACUACUUGCAGAAGGCCAAGGAAGAAAAAGUCCAUAAGAACCAGUAG